AUGGGUGUCCACAAUGCCGUUGCAGAUCUUCCUGCUAUGAAAACCAACCCAAAAUACAUCUUCUUCACCGACUUCGAUGGCACAAUCACCCUCCAAGAUAGCAAUGACACCUUGACCGACAACAUCGGCUAUGGCCACGAGAAGCGCCGCCAGGGCAAUCUCGACUGCCUCGCCGACCGCGUUUCGUUCCGAGACUCGUUUCGCGACAUGAUGGAUUCGGUCAAACUGCCAUACGACCAGUGCAUGAAGUACCUCGUCGACAACAUCAAGCUCGAUCCAGGCUUCAAAGAGUUCUUCCAGUGGUCGCUGGCCAACAACAUUCCCGUGGUCGUGCUGAGUAGCGGCAUGGAGCCCAUCAUAAAGGCUCUGUUGGAGAAGUUGGUGGGCCCGGAUGCGAGCAAAAUGCAGGUCCUUGGCAACUACGUCGGUGCGCGGCCAGGCAAAUCCAUAAACCAAGAAGGAGGCUGGCAAAUCGAGUUCAGGCACCCCGAGUCUGGCUUCGGCCACGACAAGUCCAUCGAGCUUCGCAAAUACUCCUCGCUCCCAGCAGACGAGCGGCCUGUCAUGUUCUAUGCUGGCGACGGCGUUUCAGAUCUUUCUGCUGCGAGGGAGACGGAUUUGUUGUUUGCGAAGAAGGGCCAUGAUUUGAUCAGUUACUGUGCGAGGGAGGAUGUGCCGUUUACAGUGUUUGAGGAUUGGUCGAAUAUUCUGACCAAGUGCAAGGCCAUCGUUGAGGGGAAGGCGACAGUGAAGGAGGCCGCGACGGAGGGCUAUGAGGCAUACAAGAGGGGGGAUGCUGGUAUCAACGUCGCUGUGGCAAAAUAG